AAUUCUCUAGCCCGACCACAGUGAGAGUGAGUGAGACGAAGGCAGGCUGCUCCCUUUCGCCUUAUCCUCCAAACACACACAUUCCUCAUCAUGGCGGCCACAGAUGUAGACAUAUUUUCUAAUGAAGAAAAGCGUAACCUCAACCUUGGCGGUCAUGUCGGCUUUGACAGUUUGCCUGAUCAGCUGGUCAGUAAAUCAGUGACUCAGGGUUUCUGCUUCAACAUCCUCUGUGUGGGAGAGACGGGCAUCGGCAAGUCUACAUUAAUGAACACCCUUUUUAACACCAUGUUUGAAAACGAGGAGGCCAGCCAUUACCAAAACGGCGUUUACCUGCGGCCCAGAACGUACGACUUGCAGGAGAGCAACGUCCACCUGAAACUGACCAUCGUCGACACGGUGGGCUUUGGGGAUCAGAUCAACAAAGACGAAAGCUAUAAACCAAUUGUGGAUUAUAUCGACACACAGUUUGAAAACUACCUGCAGGAAGAGCUGAAAAUAAAGCGCUCUCUCUUCAACUACCACGACACCAGGAUUCACAUCUGCCUCUACUUCAUUUCCCCGACGGGACACUCGCUCAAGUCCCUGGAUUUAGUCACGAUGAAGAAGCUGGACAGCAAGGUGAACAUCAUCCCUAUUAUCGCUAAAGCUGACACCAUUUCCAAGAGCGAGCUACACAAGUUCAAGAUAAAGAUCAUGAGCGAGCUGGUUAGCAAUGGGGUUCAGAUCUACCAGUUUCCCACAGAUGAUGAAGCCGUCACAGAAAUCAAUUCCUCUAUGAACGCCCAUCUCCCCUUUGCUGUGGUGGGCAGUGUCGAGGAGGUGAAGGUGGGCAAUAAGACCGUGAGGGCCAGGCAAUACCCGUGGGGAGUCGUUCAAGUGGAGAAUGAGAGUCACUGUGAUUUUGUGAAGCUACGGGAGAUGUUGAUCAGAGUGAACAUGGAGGAUCUGCGAGAACAGACUCACGCCAGACACUACGAGCUCUACAGGCGCUGUAAACUGGAGGAGAUGGGCUUCAAAGACACCGACCCGGACAGCCAGCCCUUCAGUCUACAGGAGACGUAUGAAGCCAAACGGAAGGAGUUUCUGGGAGAUCUGCAAAGGAAGGAAGAGGAGAUGAGGCAGAUGUUCGUUAAUAAAGUGAAGGAGACGGAGGGCGAGCUGAAGGAGAAGGAGAGAGAG